CAUUGCUGCUUUCUCUCUCUAAUCUCUUCAAUACUAUCCCAGUUAUGGUGGCAGCCGAGUCAUCCAACAAGCCGCACAUUGUCAUCUUAUCAAGCCCAGGAUUGGGCCACAUCAUCCCACUCUUCCAGCUGGCAAAGCGCCUCGUCAUCCAUCACGGUUGCCACGUCAGCUUCUUAGCCAUCACAACCCAUUCCUGCGCCGCCCAGCACCGCCUCCUCCACUCACCGGACCUCCCCUCCGAUCUCCAGAUCAUCAACCUCCCCUCUGCUGACGUGUCAUCCUUCAUAACCGCCGACAUGCCAGUCCUCCAUCAACUAUACAUCAUCGUCCACGAAUCGCUAAAACCUCUCCGGUCUAUCCUCCUUGGACUAAUGAACCGGCGUCCGCGUCCACGAGCAUUAAUAAUCGACAUCUUUACCACCCUUGCGUUUGACGUUUGCGUUCAGAUUCAUAUUCCGGUUUAUUUGUUCUUCACGCCGUCGUUAACUCUGUUUACUUGCAGUCUCUUCCUCCCCAAUUUGAACCGCCCGGAAAAUAACAUGUUAGAUCAAGUUCGUAAUCUGAACAUUGACGAGUAUAACUUGUUCUUACACCAAUUCAGCCGGAUGACAAUGGCGACGGCGAUCUUUUUCAACACAUGGGUUGAUUUCGAACCGGACCAGCUUCAGGCUAUACAGAAAACCAAGUUAUUCCUCGAGAAACCAAUCCCUCCGAUCCACCCUAUCGGACCGCUCACCAAAGAAACCGAACCGGAAGUUUCAGAUUCCGACGAAAUAAUCAUCAACUGGCUUAACAAGCAGCCGCCGGAUUCGGUUUUAUUCAUUGCGCUUGGCAGCGGCGGUACGUUAACUCGGGAACAACUCACCGAGUUAGCUCUAGGAAUCGAGAUGAGUCGGCAACGGUUCAUCUUCGUGACUCGGAAACCAUUAAACGCCGGUGCCCCGGCGGCAUAUUUCAAUGCUGACCGUACCGAGUUAGAGUCUGACUCGGACGGUUACCUUCCGGAAGGAUUUAGAGACAGAACGGCCGAGAUAGGUCUGGUGGUCCCGGGAUGGGCACCACAGGUGGCUAUUCUGAGUCACGAGUCGACGGGAGGGUUUUUAUCGCACUGUGGAUGGAAUUCGACGCUGGAGAGCUUGGUGCAUGGAGUUCCGAUUAUAGCGUGGCCGUUGUACGCGGAGCAGAUGAUGAACGCGUCGGCUCUGACGGGAGAACUUCGGGUGGCGGUGAGGCCGGCGGAGGAAGGGGAGGUUAUAGGGAGGGAAGAGGUGGAGAGAGUGAUAAGGAUGUUGAUGGAAGGCGAAGAAGGGAAGAUUAUAAGGAAAAGGACUAAAGAGAUGAAGGUGAGCGCGGCGAGGAGUCUGUCAAACGGCGGUUCUUCAUUCGAAGAGCUAUCGAGUGUGGUGGAAACUUGGAAAUCUAUUCAGUAG